UUUCUUCAACAAUAACUAUUUUAACAGAGACGAAAGGAGUUUAAUUCAGAAUAACAUGACUAAAACGUGAGAAUACCUUUGUCACAUUUCUAUUUUUAAUUCAAGUGUGAGUGACCCUCGUUCAUUCUGAAACCACACCCGUGCUUGCAAUCGGGCACUAAUUAUUUUAGAUAGCCAAUUUUCUAUGGGCCCUCUGCAGUCGCAGGAAGCACUGCGAUGAUCUGCAGGAAACACUGAGAUCAAGACAAGCUACAGGUUUGAGGGGUUUUAAAGGUUCAACUGCUGCAUUCAGUUUAGUGACAGGAAAGAUCAAACACAUUGACAGGAAAUUAAAUUACACUCAGACUGAGAGAUAAAAACCUCUGAGGACGGAUUAUCAGCUGCAGCAGGAGAAAAGAACAAAAGAGAUAAAAGAGAGAGCGUGAGGAGAAACAGAAACAUGAAGGUUAAUAUGAAGUCAGAUCACAGACUCAUCACACUGACAUCUGAACGUGAAAUGCUUUCAGAGUUAUCAGUAAAUAUAAAGACAGUAACAUCAGGUUAUUACGUUUGUGGUGUUAAACUUUUUCCAUGAUGCUAGCACCUAAACAAAAUCCCGAGGAUACAUCCUCUGAGGACCACGAAUAUUCACUGCAUAGUUCAAAACAAUCUGCCCAACUGAGACUGUGACUUGAGAAGAGUUGUUAAGUGUGGAACUCUGUCCUGGUUCUAGAAGCACUUUACCCACUCUGUCUGUCUGCUGCUCUGUUUUAUUGUGUAAACAAAUAAAUCUAAAUCUGAUUUGUGUAUUAAAAGAGACUAAACAGCCUACUUUUACAGAAAACCACGGCUUUCUGUAAAGAAAACGAGUACAAGGUUCAACCCCUGUUAUUUUGCUCAACAAAAGAUCAUUUUGCUGUACAUCAGUUUGUUUCUCUAGGUUGUGAAAUCUUAGAACCUGGAUAUCUCAAAACCACCCAGAGAACAGAUCAAACCUCAUCUGGUGUGUGUGUGUGUUAGCUGCCGUUUUCUUUCUUUUUUGUUUUUCUGUCCUACAGGUUCCUGUCCAACACGUCUUUCUCCGGUCUCACAGGUCCAGUACGAGUCCACCAGAACAGGUCUCAGGUCCUCACCUCACAGCGUUUCCACAUCUGGAGCUUACGACGGGACGCGCUGGGUCAGCCCACCUGGGUGACGGUGGGCAGUUGGGAGGGAGGCCAGCUGCAGGUGGAGGACCAGGUAGUCUGGCAGGAGGCCAAACCUCGCCACACAACAGAUGGCAUGAGCGGGAGGACGAAGGGCCGCUGGAGGCCGGGGAUGCCGGUGGUGGGGAGUCGGGUUCGGGUGGUCACACUGGUAGAGCAUCCCUUCGUUUUCACAAGGGACGUGGACGAAGAGGGCAGCUGCCCAGCCGGACAGUACUGCCUGGACGCCAGCACCAACAGCUCGGAAACAUUGGAGAGAUUCUUCAGGGAGGUGGCCGGAGGGAACAGCAGCUUCCUGCCUGCAGAGCACAGCAAGUGUUGCUACGGUUACUGCAUCGACCUGCUGGAGAAACUGGCCGAGGACCUGGGCUUCGAGUUUGACCUUUACAUCGUAGGAGACGGAAAGUACGGAGCGUGGAAGGGGGGGCGCUGGACUGGGCUCGUGGGAGAUCUUCUGAACGGACUGGCAGACAUGGCCGUAACCUCCUUCAGUAUCAACUCCGCUCGGAGCCGAGUGAUUGACUUCACCUCGCCCUUCUUCUCCACCAGCCUGGGCAUCCUGGUGCGCAGUAAGGACACUGCGGCCCCCAUCGGAGCCUUCAUGUGGCCCCUGCACUGGUCCAUGUGGGUGGGCAUCUUCCUGGCGCUGCAC